UUCGAGAGCAUAUAUUAGCUUUAGAAUAUUAAAUUUAAGUAAUAAUUAACGAGGUCAAUGAAAGAAUGUCUCCUCUACGUAGUGAUGAAGAAGGAAUGGCAACUCCACCUAAAGAUGAACAAGCAAUUUUCAAUGGAUUGGCUGUAAAUGUUAUGGUAGAUAAUACAAAAGACAAAAAGAAAGAUGAAUGCGCAGGAGAUACAAAAACUAAAGAUAAAAAAAAGGAAGUUAAAAAACCAACGAAUCCUGCAGUAAAAACAACUGAAGAGUUUAUGGAUAAAAAAUAAAAUUAUUUUUUUUAAACCAGAGCUCGAAGUCGACUCGAGUCAACCAUCGACUUCCCUAUCGACCCUAUCGACUUCGAUCUCUGUUUUACACGUUAUAUUUUAUUUCUGCAUUUCAUUGAUUUCCAAUUUUACUGUACUUAAUUAUAGAUACAGA